GAACGCCUUCUGGUUAAGUAUGGCAAAAACAUCAUCAAUGAGCAAUAUAUAUUGAAACGUUUAUCAAAUGCUGCAAUCGAUAUAUAUUCAAUGGUAGUUACAUUGUCUCGUACGUCGCGGGCAAUUAAAUUAAACUACUGCACAGCACGAGUUGAAUAUGACCAAAGUUUUAUGCAUUCAGGCAUCAAACCGAUGUAUGGAUAAUCUUCGAAAUACAAGUGCAGAAUCUGAACUGGAAAUGAUUAACGUAAUGAAAGAAAUAGCCAGAGAAGUCUGUAAUAAGGGAGGAGUUAACACGACUCAUGUCAUUACUAAUUGACGAUUCUUUGCGACUUUUAUAUUUUAUAUUUUUUUUACACUUAUAUAUUUUGAUUAAAAGUUUUUUCUCUAAAGCUAUGUAUAUGAGGAACCUCACUAAUUAAUUUAUGAAACUCACUGUACUUUCAGUUUCUUCUCGUUCUUUUCAACGUAUAUACAUAUAUAAAUGACUUAUAUACUAUGUA